CUUCUUCCACAUCCGUUUUUCUCAAUCCGAUGAGGGGAUUUUCCAGCCAAACAAGUUUCGCUCACCAUGGCCACAGCUCUACCUUCGAUGCCUCUGAAAUCCUCCCUUUUCGUUCUUCUUCUCUCCCUUUUCCUUCUCCAUUUCAAACUCUCUUUCCGUUCGUCCCGCAACCUAACCCUAACCCCUAACCGAAUCCACCCACCCCUAGCCACCCGUAACAACUACAUUGUCCGGUUCACCGAUUACAAACAUGCGUCCGAUCACCGUUCGUACUUGGAAUCCUGCCUUCGAUCCGAAGGGUGGGAGUGGAUCCAGAGACACAACCCGGCCGCUAAAUUCCCCACAGAUUUUGGAUUGCUUUCGAUCAGGGAUUCGGUGAAAGAAACCGUGAUUGAAGAAAUUCAAGGGCUGGGGCUAGUUAAAGAUGUUAAUGUUGAUUUGAUCUAUAAUAGGGGCCUGCUUGGUGGUGCUUUUGAGAAUGGGAAAAAGCGACCCGGAAAGAUUUUUACGUCGAUGUCGUUUAGUGAAGAGAAACAUUUCCACCAUUCGGGUUUAAGUAAUUCCUCAAUUAAUUGGAGUCGCCAUCUUUUGAUGAAGAGGUCUCAAGUUACUUCCUUAUUCGAAGCAGAUGCUCUAUGGCGAAAAGGGUAUACCGGCGCUAAAGUCAAAAUGGCUAUUUUCGAUACCGGAAUACGUGCUGAUCACCCUCAUUUUCGAAACAUUAAGGAACGAACUAAUUGGACUAAUGAGGAUACUUUGAAUGAUAAUCUUGGACAUGGGACAUUUGUGGCUGGUGUUAUUGCUGGUGAGAAUGCAGAGUGUCUUGGUUUUGCACCAGAUACUGAGAUUUAUGCUUUUCGUGUUUUUACCGAUGCACAGGUAUCAUACACAUCUUGGUUCCUCGAUGCUUUCAACUAUGCUCUUGCAACCAAUAUGGAUGUGCUAAACUUGAGCAUAGGUGGUCCUGAUUACUUGGAUCUCCCAUUUGUAGAGAAGGUUUGGGAAAUUACAGCCAGCAAUAUUAUUAUGGUAUCAGCCAUUGGAAAUGAUGGACCACUCUAUGGCACUUUAAACAACCCAGCAGACCAAAGUGAUGUUAUUGGUGUUGGUGGCAUUGAUUAUAAUGAUCACAUAGCCUCAUUCUCAUCACGUGGCAUGAGUACUUGGGAGAUUCCUCAUGGUUACGGUCGUAUCAAACCAGAUGUUGUGGCAUAUGGGCGGGAAAUUAUGGGAGCCAAGAUCAGUACUGGUUGUAAAAAAUUAUCAGGCACUAGUGUGGCAAGUCCUGUGGUUGCGGGUGUUGUAUGCCUGCUUGUCAGUGUCAUUCCUGAGAACAAAAGAAAGGAGAUUCUAAAUCCUGCAAGCAUGAAACAAGCUCUGGUUGAGGGUGCUUCUAAGCUUGCUGGUCCUAACAUGUAUGAGCAGGGUGCAGGGAGAGUAGAUCUAUUAGAAUCGUUUGAAAUUUUGAAGAGCUAUCAACCUCGAGCAAGCGUCUUCCCUAGUGUUCUUGAUUAUACAGAUUGUCCAUAUACCUGGCCCUUUUGUCGUCAAGCACUCUAUUCUGGUGCCAUGCCUGUUAUAUUCAAUGCUACCAUUCUGAAUGGAAUGGAUGUCAUUGGCUAUGUCCAGAGUCCACCAACAUGGCAUCCUUCAUCCGAGGAAGGGAAUCUUUUAAGCAUCCGCUUUACUUAUUCAGAAGUCAUCUGGCCUUGGACUGGUUACAUAGCACUGCACAUGCAAAUUAAGGAAGAAGGGGCUCAUUUUUCUGGAGUCAUUGAGGGGAAUGUAACUGUUAGAAUAUACAGUCCUCCAGCCCAAGGAGAGAAAACUGCUCGAAGUAGUACUUGUGUGCUUCAAUUGAAAUUGAAUGUGGUUCCAACCCCACCACGAUCAAAACGGGUAUUGUGGGAUCAGUUUCACAGUAUAAAAUAUCCUCCUGGAUAUAUUCCAAGAGACUCAUUGCAUGUGCGGACUGACAUUCUUGAUUGGCAUGGGGAUCACCUUCAUACAAAUUUUCAUAAUAUGUUCAACAUGUUAACUGAUGCUGGCUAUUAUUUUGAGACGCUCGGUUCUCCCUUUACAUGCUUUGAUGCCAGCCAAUAUGGGACACUUUUGCUUGUUGAUCCUGAAGAGGAGUACUUUCAAGAAGAGAUUGAAAAGCUCAAGGAUGAUGUUAUUAAUACUGGGUUGGGGUUGGCUGUGUUUGCUGAGUGGUAUAAUGUGGACACAAUGGUUAAAAUGAGAUUUUUUGAUGACAACACAAGGAGCUGGUGGACCCCAGUAACUGGAGGUGCAAAUAUUCCUGCACUAAAUGAUCUUUUGGAACCAUUUGGGAUCGCUUUUGGGGAUAAGAUUCUGAAUGGUGACUUUUCUAUUAAUGGCGUGCAGAGUCGAUAUGCAUCUGGAACAGAUAUAGUGAGGUUUCCAAGAGGCGGGUACAUACACAGCUUUCCUUUUUUGGAUAGCUCAGAGAGUGGGGCUACUCAAGAUGUGCUACUAAAUUCUGGCACGAACAAGGCUGACUCUCCGAUUCUUGGCCUGUUAGAUGUUGGUGAAGGUCGCAUUGCUGUAUAUGGGGACUCGAACUGCUUGGACAGCAGCCAUAUGGUUACUAACUGCUUCUGGCUUCUAAGAAAAGUAUUGGAUUUCACUGGUUCAAAUAUUAAAGAUACAGUGCUUUUGUCCGAGUCUGUCAAGCAAGAUAUGCCAUUGUAUGAAGAUGACAACCGCUUACCAUCUCGAAGAACUGAUGUAAAUUACUCUGUGUAUUCGGCUGUCACAGGGAAGGAUUUAAUCUGUCGAAGUGAUUCUAGAUUUGAAGUGUGGGGAACUAAAGGAUACAAUUUGCAAAUUCGGGGCAGAAACAAAAAACUGCCUGGCCAUCAUGUUAUUGACUUGGGGAGAGGAUUAAAUUCCACUUUUGAUACUAGCAGAUCAAGACGCCCCAAAUUUACAAAGAGAAGUAAGGGUGAUUCUUUGGGAAACAGGUACCUGGGUCUUCUAUACGGAGAUGAGCUGGAUGUGCCUGAACUAGUUGCCAGUCAUUAUUGGCUUGUACCAGCAAUAGUUGCAGUUACAGGCUCUCUACUGUUUGUGAGCAUUUGGCGAAUUAGACAAAAGCGGCAGAGGCGAAGGCGAUCUGGCUCUGGUCGAUGGGCCUAUCUAUAGGGAUGGGGACGAAAUUUUUUUGUGUAACUUUCUCCUUUUUUCCCUACUUGUCACAAUUUUUUAGUGCUCAAGGCACAACAGGUUGAGAGAAACCAUGCUUUGAAU